ACUGGAACGUGAGGACUUCCCUUACCCCUGUACCAAUCUCACUGGAUUUUGUAUUUAUUAAGACACUCCGUGUGAGAUUUGCAGACAAAUCUCAUAUUUCGUCCAAGACCCAGCUGACCUAACUGCCACUCCAGAAGGUUCUCAGGACCCCCCGAGUCCCUCUCUGCCGGCUGACAUAGAAGCAACACCAUGACCUGCCUCGCCGCUCUGGUCACUCUGCUGUCUUGUCUGGGCUUGUCCACGGCGCUCCAUGAGCCGGGCUUCUGUGCCUUCUAUGAAGAGUGUGGGAAGAACCCCGGUAAGCCCCCGGGCCUCCUCCCUGCCAUCGUCCCCUGCCUCAACUACAGCCCCGCACGCUCGCUGAAGGGAGAACACUACCGCAGGCUCAAACAGGUGUGCCCCAUGCUGGACCAGGGAGAGAACAGCACUCAGGCCUGCUGCUCCCUGACCCAGCUCAAGUCCCUGGAGAGUAGCCUGAUCCUCUCCAAGGCCAUCCUCCUCCGAUGCCCCUCCUGCGCCGACAACUUUGCCCACCUGCACUGCAUCAACACCUGCAGCCCUAACCAGACCCAGACAGUCAAAGUCACCGAGACCACCAACGUCACCAUCCUAGGGGUGCAGCGCACCGUCGUGUUAGCCUACCAAGCCUUCCUCUCCACCACGUUCGCCGAAGGUUCCUUCCAGUCCUGCAAGAACGUCCGCAUCCCUGCCACGGGUGGCUUCGCCAUCGCUACCAUGUGCGGCCGUUACGGCGCCAAGCUCUGCACCGCCCAGCGCUGGUACGACUUCCAGGGCGACUCCGGCAACGGCCUGGCGCCCUUCGACAUCGACUUCCAGCUGGUCCCCCCGGGCGUCACCGAGGGGCUGCCGGAGGGAGUGGUGCCCUACGCGGGACGGGCACUGAGGUGCAACCAGACCACGGCGACUGGGGGGGCGGCGUGCUCGUGUCAGGACUGCCAGGACUCGUGUCCGGUCGUGGCCCCUCCCUCGCCCCCCGCCGGGGCCUUCAGGCUGCUGGGAGCGGACGGCUACCUGGUGGUGUGCAUCAUCCUGCUCUGCCUGCUGAUGGCUGCCUUCCUGCUCUACCUGAUGGUGGGUUACUACGUGAGGAGGGAGGAGAGGAAGAGGGGCGCGGGGCGUGAGAAGGGAAAGGACGGGAACGGGAACGAGCUGAAGGAGCGUCUGCUGGUGCCGUCGGACGUGUCGUGCACGGACAGGAACAGCCUGGCCGCUCAGGAGUUCCUGGGCUCCCUCUUCCAGACCUGGGGCACCAUCAUGGCCUCGCACCCGCUCAAGGUGCUGCUGGUGGCGGCUGUAGUGGUAGUGGCCUUCGCCACGGGCCUCAUGCACAUCGAGCUGACUACAGACCCUAUCCAGCUGUGGUCUGCCCCUGACAGCCAGGCACGCAGAGAGAAGGACUUCCACGACAAGUACUUCGACCCGUUCUUCAGAACCAACCAGUUGAUCCUGACUGCUCCGGGGCGGCCCAGUCACAUCUACGACUCGCUGCUGUUCGGGAAGCAGAACUUCAGUGGGAUUGUUUCCAAAGAUCUCAUCAUGCAGCUGCUGGAACUCCAGAGCCGCAUCCAGAACAUCACGUUCUGGUCUGACGACUUGAAUCGCACCGCAAGCCUGAAAGACAUUUGCUUCGCACCCCUGAACCCAAACGACCCCAGCCUGACAGACUGUGCCGUCAACAGCCUUCCACAGUACUUCCAGAACAGUGUGGCGAACCUGAACGCCAAGGUCAACAUGACGGAGCUGGGAGUGACCAAGGAGGUGGACUGGAGGGAUCACUUCAUCUACUGUGUCAACUCCCCGCUCUCCUUCCAGGACAUCACCGACCUGCGCCUCAGCUGCAUGGCAGACUACGGCGGUCCUGUCUUCCCCUUCCUUGCUGUGGGAGGCUACGACAAGGACGACUUCACAGCGGCAGAAGCUCUGAUCAUGACCUUCUCCCUGAACAACUACGCUCGCGAAAACCCCAAGUUCAAAGUGGCCUUGGAGUGGGAACAGAUGUUCCUAAACAUCGUCCAGGAGUACCAGCGAGACCCCAAAACUAACUUCACCUUUGCUUACAUGGCAGAGAGGUCUCUGGAGGAUGAGAUCAACAGGACCACAUCGGAGGAUAUUCCCAUCUUCAUGAUCAGCUACCUGGUCAUCUUCAUCUACAUCGCCGUGGCGCUGGGAGAAUACUCCUCCUGCAAACGCAUUCUGGUGGACUCCAAGUUCCUUGUUGGUCUGGGGGGGAUCCUGGUGGUGGGCUGCUCUGUGCUAGCCUCCAUGGGCUUCUACGCCUGGAUUGGCAUCCCCUCCUCCCUGGUCAUCCUGCAGGUGGUGCCCUUCCUGGUGCUGGCUGUGGGGGCCGACAACAUCUUCAUCUUCGUCCUUGAGCACCAGAGAGACAUGCGGAGGUCAGGAGAGACCAGGGAGGAGCAGAUCGGACGCGUCCUGGGGAACGUGGCUCCCAGUAUGCUCCUCUGCAGCCUGUCAGAGUCUGUCUGCUUCUUCCUAGGGGCUCUGAGCACUAUGCCAGCGGUCAAGUCCUUUGCCCUCUACGCUGCCCUGGCCGUGCUCAUGGACUUCAUCCUCCAGAUGACUGCCUUCGUCGCCCUCCUCUCCCUCGACGCCCGGCGACAGGACGGCAACCGCUGCGAGCUGGCCUGCUGCGUCACCGUGACAACCCAGCGCCCCACCAAGCCCAACGAGGGCUUCCUGCUCCCCCUGAUGAGGAAGUACUACGCCCCCUUCCUGCUCCACCCAAUCAGCAGGGUUGUGGUGAUGGUUGUGUUCCUCUUCAUGUUCUGCAGCUCAAUCUACCUCAUGUUCCAUGUGACCGUCGGACUGGACCAAGAGCUGGCCAUGCCCGAGGGUUCCUACAUGUUGGACUACUUCAAGUACCUGUACAAGUACUUUGAGGUGGGUGUUCCCACCUACUUUGUGACCACCAAGGGCUUCAACUUCAACAGCGUGGCGGGGAUGAACGCCACCUGCUCCAGCGUGGGCUGCGACCCCUUCUCCCUCACACAGAAGAUCCAGUACGCCACCGAGUACCCCGAGCUGUCCUACAUGGAGAUCCCUGCUAACUCCUGGGUGGAUGACUUCAUAGACUGGCUGAACCCUGGGGGUGGUUGCUGCCGCAUCUACACUAGGGGCCCCAACAUCGGAAAGUUCUGCCCAGCUAACGAAACGGCUCCGUUUAUGUGCUUGAGGAAGUGUGUGCAGACUCCGUCAGACGGGGUCCUCAGACCCACUGUGGACGAGUUCAGCCGCUUCCUGCCUGACUUCCUGGGCAACAGGCCUGACCUGCAGUGUCCCAAAGGCGGUUUAGGGGCCUACGACAAGGCUGUAGUGACAGACCCAAACACAGGGGAAAUCAUAGCGUCUAGAUUCAUGGCAUACCACACGCCCCUCACCACCUCCCGGGAGUUCACCGCAGCGCUGGAGAAGGCCAGGGAGCUGGCCCACAACAUCACCAUGGGGAUGAGGGCCAUACCGGGCACCUCGCCAGACUUCGAGGUCUUCCCCUACACGGUGACCUAUGUCUUCUACGAGCAGUACCUGACCAUUGUUCCCGAGGGCCUGUUCAACAUCUCCCUGUGCCUGCUGCCCACCUUCGUGGUGUGCUGCCUCCUGCUGGGCAUGGACCUGCGCUCCGGCCUGCUCAACCUGCUCACCAUCGUCAUGAUCACCGUGGAUACGGUGGGGGUCAUGACCCUGUGGGGCAUCGACUACAACGCCGUGGCGCUCAUCAACCUGGUCACGGCUGUUGGGAUCUCUGUGGAGUUUGUGUCUCACCUGACACGCUCCUUUGCACUCAGCAUCAAGCCCACGCAGGUCGAGCGAGCCAAGGAAGCGGUCACCACCAUGGGCAGUGCGGUGUUUGCGGGCGUUGCCAUGACGAACCUUCCCGGGAUUGUGGUGCUGGCGUUUGCCAAGGCUCAGCUGAUCAAGAUCUUCUUCUUCCGUCUGAACCUGGUGAUCACUCUCCUGGGCCUGGUCCACGGGCUUGUCUUCCUGCCUGUGCUGCUCACUUACUUUGGCCCUGGGGUGAACAAGGCUGUCCUCCUCAAGUUGCAGCAGGACAAAGCCCAGGCCUCCCAGGACCUGGAUCCCAGCAGUAAUUACGUCUACGUGAACCAGAGCUUCCACCACCACGAGGCCCCCUCGGGCCCGGCUCCUCCAACCCCCUCCCAGGCCUCCCAGGACCGGAGCAGCAAGCAUGUCCACGAGGACCUGGAGCUGCACAGCAAGAACAUCCAUGAGGAACUGAGCACCGAAAAAACAGCCCAACCACCUUCGCCCACCUCCGAUCCCUCCGUAACCCCGGACACAAAAGCACAGGAUUCGUUCGUUUUGAAGUUCUGAAUGGCGUUGUAGGACCCACAAACUCUUUAGUUUUUGUUUCUUAACACUCACAUCAAUAUACCUCCAUCACCGUGGAUAUGGGGAAAAGCCAGAGCAAGGACUGCAGUCAACGACCAAUGACAUUUUAGAACUGUUUAUGAGUUCUGUACCAGGAUCUUUAUCUGUGGUUCUGGGGCACCCAUCUUGAUUGUUGAACCGUGGUAAAAAAAAAACGACAUGCUACUGUGCAAUAUAUUUCACGAACACUAGGGAGCGCUUUAGUAAUAGAAAUGACCAACAAAUACGUUCAAAAUGAGUCAUUUUAUACCAUUUGAAUAGUUUUGUGUUUGUUAAAUAUGUUUAUUUAACGUGAUUAUUUUGUACACAGGAACGCAGAUGUUUCAUGUUGAUGCUCAGGUGAUGUUAUUCCAGAGACAAGCGACACUCCAGUAGACAGGGUAGUCUUACAAACUGCAGUAUGGUUUUCCAUGCCUGUAUUCUUGUUUUAAAUGUGGACUGAAAAAUCAGUUGAAGGAAUAUUAAAGGUGUAUGUACCAUGAGACUAAAGGCUAGUGUAUUCAUUUAGCAGACGUUCUUAUCCAAAACGACAUACCUCUUGGUCAUAUGCUCUCAUCAACUUCACUGGGUCAGGGUUUACGUUUGUAGUAAACUGAGAUCCCAGGUGGUCCUAAGUUAGAGAUAUCUCCUGGUAGCUUCUUGUUUU